UAGAUGAAUCAUUCCUUAUGUCGUCCGCGUCUGUUCUGGCAUCCUGGGGCACAACAGGAAUCUACCAUAUUUCCCGUUUGAGUUUUCUGACAAUAACAAAUAGUCCAGCUGCGGACUUCUGCCUGCCAAUAUGGCGCCGUUUCGAUUGCCGGGAGAUGUGACGUCAACUCCCGGAGCUCUAUAGCAGAGAUGUUUGAAACGUAUCACCCUUCAAAAUCACUUAGGUCAGCAGAUAAAUCCCAACUAGUACAACCCAGAGCCUGCACCAAGCACGGAGAGGCUGCCUUUAGCUGCUAUGCGGUCUGUCUCUGGAACUGUCUUCCAAUAGACAUUAAGACCUCUCCCACAUUUCCAUUUUUAAAUCCAGAUUAAAAACUGUAACAGAAUGAAAUGACUGUUUUCCCCUCCUCCUCCAACAGGAUUAGUCUGCAUGAGAUAUGGUCUCAAGGUGUCAUGCAUUCGAUUCUAACCUGCUUAUUUUCAGCUCAACAGAAGAAUGAAGAAUGGACUCUUUUCUUUUAAUUAAUCAAAUAACUAUUUUAAUAAAGCUAAUCCAACCAAGUGUUGGUCAAUAAAUAAGAUGUGACCGAUCUGUGAAAUCAAAAUAAUAAUUGCUUUAUUAUAAUCCUAGAAUAUGAUGAGUAAUAUGACAUUAAAAGUUCCAACAGGACUGAUUUCACGUAGCCUUAAAAAGACAUGACGCAUUACUUUCACUGAUCCAAUCAAAAUCCGACAGAUCUGACGGAGGCGUGGUUUUGAUGGUGUUUGGUAACUCUGUCAACUUUUCAUUCGACCAUAAACCAUAUCAUCCGAAGUAUAAAACUAUGCCACGUCAUCUUUAACGCCAGUUCAAGGCGUUCCAGAGAAAGUGUCGGAGUGGCCAAUCCAUAACUCUCCUCUUCAACCGAAAGAACCAACGACAAACUGGAUGAACUCUGUUGCAUUUCACCAACCAAGCAAUGGUUCCUUUCCAGAAUAAAAGCUGAACCUCACGACCCAGGCUUGGGUCUUGCAAGACGUCAACAAUUUGUCUGACCCGGAAGUAACUCACAGACUGGUCUGGUCAGCAACCGCUGCUGUUCCUACUCGGCUUCGGUUCCAGAGAAGGUCAACUGGACCUCGACAUUCUGGAUCUAACGGGGACUUCCCGAAGGGUGAAGCAGGUGGCGCUAGUGCACCUUUACGCUGGUCACCGACCACCUGAAGAAGCAGGAACCGGAAGCUGCUAGCAGAGCUAGCUUGUUGUUCUGGUGUGUGAGGAGAACAUUUGAGGCUCUGCAGUAAAAAUGUCCACUUCAGUCUCUGGGAGAGUUGAUCAGCUAAAGCGACUAACUGCUGCUGCUGCAGAAAUCUUCUCACCAGGCUGUGGAAACUUUCUUCUCCUCCUCAACAACUUGGUGGAGUUCUUUCCAGAACCAGAGAAGAUAUUCUGCGGUCUUCGUGACAAUCGGAGCUCCAGAAUCAGGUUGUGGCUGUUAGCUAAACACGGCCAAAGAAAACCUGCUACCACUUCAGGAUCAUCCAUCAGCUGGGACUGAUUCAUCGUGUGUUCUUCACCACCUGGACCUGGACAGCAUGGACACAGAUUUUCAACAGGUGGUUCUGGUUAAAUAAGAAGCUUCAGAAGAACAGAGCGCUCGUGUCAACCACCAGCACCUAGAUUUUCUCCACAAGAAGGAGGAACAGGAGAAACUCUGGUCUAGUAUGGAGGGAGAGCAUCUCCAUUUGAAUAAGGAGACUGAUGCUGCCAGGUUUCAAUCCUUUAGCCAAAAAACACAUUUAAACAAACACACGAGAGUCCAGACAAAGCAGAAACAUUUUGCCUGUGAGCACUGUGGACAAAGGUUUCACCAAAAGACUAAUUUAACCACACACAUGAGAGUCCACACAGGACAGAAGCCCUUUCCUUGUGAGCUCUGUGGAACGAGAUUUAGCCAAAAGACACAUUUAAACAGUCACAUGAGAGUCCACACAGGACUGAAGCCCUUUCCUUGUGAGCUCUGUGGAACGAGAUUUAGCCGAAAGGCACAUUUAAACAGUCACAUGAGUGUCCACACAGGACUGAAGCCCUUUCCUUGUGAGCUCUGUGGAACGAGAUUUAGCCGAAAGGCACAUUUAAACAGUCACAUGAGAGUCCACACUGGACAGAAGCCUUUUGCCUGUGAGCUCUGUGGUAAUAGAUUUAGUGAAAAGGGAAGUUUAAACACACACAUGAGAGUCCACACUGGACAGAAGCCUUUUGCCUGUGAGUUCUGUGGUAAUAGAUUUAGUGAAAAGGGAAAUUUAAACAAACACAUGAGAGUCCACACUGGACAGAAGCCUUUUGCUUGUGAGCUCUGUGGACAAAGAUUUAGCCAAAAGACAACUUUAAACAGACACAUGAGAGUCCACAAUGGAGAGAAGCCUUUCGCCUGUGAGUUCUGUGGUAAUAGAUUUAGUGAAAAGGGAAGUUUAAACAAACACAUGAGAGUCCACACUGGACAGAAGCCUUUUGCUUGUGAGCUCUGUGGACAAAGAUUUAGCCAAAAGUCACAUUUAAACAAACACAUGAGAGUCCACACAGGUAUUUCGCCUGUGAGUUCGGUGGAAAAGAUUUACCCAAAAGAUCAGUUUAAACAGUCACAAGAGUCCAUAAAGGACAGAAGCCUUUUGCUUUUGAGCUCUGUGGACGAAGAUUUAGCUGAAAGAAAACUUUAAACAAUCAUCUAAGCAUCCACCAGGGCUGAACGAUCUAUUGAAGGCGUCUCCAACAGUUUUUGGCCCGUGAGCUACUUUUACACAAUGAAAGCACAGCAGAGUUACUGCCAUAUGGUUUAUUUACAUUGAUACUUUCCAUGUGUGAAUGUGCUUAUGUUAAAAAUGCUAUACUUACUAUAUUAACAUGCAUUGUACUCACAAGUUGAUUUUUCUGUAUUUCAGUACAUCAGUAUAUAUAUUUUAAAAGUAAAAGUAAACUAGUGACAUUCUGAAAACCAAAUUAAACAACACAUAUUUAGUUUUUUAAACUAAUCGGAUACUUUCAGAUAAUGAAUAACAAAUCUACUUCAUGUGAAUGAUUUGGUAAUUUUUUUAGAAGUUAGUAACAUAACUUUUUAAGCGCACAGGAACAGCUAACCUGUAAAGCUGAUGAUAUUUGAAAUAAAAUACAAGCUAAAUGUGAUGAAAACACAAAAGUCUAAAUAGUUUGUAUUGAAGUAAAAAAAUGUAAAAUCAGAAAUAAGACUUGUUCCUGCUCUCCUGAUGUACUGAAUAAUUUUUAUGGGUUUUUUUGGUCAUGAAAGUUAAGUUUUGCUGUGUUUAUUGCUGACAAUAUGAAGGUUGGAGGUUUAUCCUUUUUUCUGCAUCUUGUAGGUUUUUUUCUCUGCACGCCUCUCAAUAAAGUAAAAUUUUCUAGUGCAGAGUGGAGACAACCCAUAGAAGCACUGAUUUGAUCUCAUUUCAGAGAAAAAUAGAACAGGUUAGAUGCACCUAAUAAAUAAAAUUAUAACAAACUCAGGAAUCUGUUUCUUUGCUUCACUGUUCUGGUGCUGAGAAUAUCACUAAUGCGGAUCAAAGGAGAUACACAGAUGAAUGCACCUCUUAUUUAUUAUUUGGAGACUACAUUUACUGCAGCUGGCAGAGGCAGAGAUUUUUUCUAUUGAUACACGGAAUUUACAGAAUCAUUUUAAAUGUUAAUAGGGGAAGACUGCAGGAGGGAGCGGUAAAAUACAGGGGGUCCCCAGCAAAAACAAGAAACUUUAUGAGUCUGAUGAAACCCGCUGGUUUUCCAUCAGGCAGUCACGGGGCAGCUCCAACGACCCAGUGGCUGUGCUGGGUCAAUGUUAUCCAGCUCAGUCCGGCUCGGCCGUGAACGAGCUGAGGCGACGUCGUGCUUUGCUUGAAGACGUGUUAUUUUCCCGCUUCAGAAGAAGCGUUCAACGUGUUUUUACGCUUUCUCCGAGACAUGUCACGUCGCUAAGUUGUUAGCGCCGCGCGCUAACACAUCAAUAGUGCAGCGUAGCCUGCUGGAGGUUUUAAGGGUUCAGAUGAAAACACCCGACCUCUCAGGCUGCUCACACAUCGAUCUUAAGUUGUCGCUGUUGCGCUCACGCCGUAAUACAGUAUUAGAUGCGGUUAAAGUCAGACAUGAAAAAAUAAAUUUUACAUGAAUAAGUGAUGCUUAUGGUGGGGAGAGGAAACCCUGUCAAGAUCGUCAACGCUCAUUUAUCUUAAUGCUAUUGAAACAUGUAAACCAAAAAGCAUUAUAUCCACUGCUACCUUUAUGCUGUAACUUCACCCUGCCCUGCCUGCUCCUCCUUGCUGCCUGCCGGCUGUGAUCACAAGCGACAACAUAGUAGUUCCCGCUGCUUCCUCGGGAAACUGCUAAAAAAAAAUCAAAACUUGGGAUCUUGUAGGCGUGGCGGUGGGAUUUCAGCCGUGGCGGGCCGCCACGGCUACGCCUAUGUAAGGGAAACCCUGACAACUGUUUAUGAAAUAGCGUUACCUUAAUUAAUGACAUAUUUUCCUAGUUUACAUUAUGUUGUUUGAAACCAAGGGUCUCAUUAUCUGAACUUUUUAACUUGUUGGAUCGUGAAUCUGUUUAAAAACUUUGCUCUAUAUCAGGGUUUUUCCUGGCUCAGACUGAGGCAGAGGUGGUACCAUCCUGACCGUGCGCCAGCACAUGCGUACUCUGUGCAUUCAACUGCCUCACUUUUUUAAAGGCUAAAUAUGUUUUCGUUAA